CCCUAUACCGGACUGAACAUUGUUAUUCCCUUCUACAUGUUGUCUCUACACAGAGCUAAACAAAUAAAUAUGCAUCCGAUUCAAAAACAAUUUACAAAUUCUCUCUAUGUUUGAACCAAAAUCAAAUUCUCCAAAACAACACCACGCCAAUGGACUCGCCAUCACCACCACCGCCGGAUUCCGUCCUACUAGAAGACUUCGGCCAAAAAGUUGACCUGACUCGCCGGAUUCGAGAAGUUCUCCUAAACUAUCCGGAGGGCACAACCGUCUUAAAAGAGCUAAUUCAAAACGCCGAUGACGCCGGCGCCACUAAAGUCCGCCUCUGCCUCGACCGCCGGAACCACCGCUCAAACUCUCUAAUAUCCACUUCCUUAUCGCAAUGGCAAGGACCAGCUCUCUUAGCUUACAACGACGCCGUUUUCACAGAAGAGGAUUUCGUCAGUAUUUCGAGAAUCGGAGGGAGUGCUAAACACGCUCAAGCGUCGAAAACCGGACGGUUCGGUGUCGGUUUCAAUUCGGUUUACCAUUUGACCGAUUUACCCUCGUUUGUUAGCGGUAAUUACAUAGUGUUAUUUGAUCCUCAAGGAGUUUACUUACCGAAUGUAUCAACAUCAAACCCUGGUAAACGAAUUGAUUUUGUUUCGACUCCAGCGGUUAAGUAUUACAGUGAUCAAUUCUCGCCGUAUGUUGCGUUUGGUUGUGAUAUGCAAUCUUCAUUUAACGGAACUCUGUUCCGGUUUCCGUUGCGAAACGGUGAUCAAGCAGCUAGCAGUAAGCUUUCGCGGCAAGCUUAUUCAAACGACGAUGUUUUGGCUAUGUUUGCUGAGCUUUUUACGGAAGGUGUGUUUUCGCUGUUGUUUUUGAAAAGUGUGGUUUCUUUAGAGAUGUAUGUUUGGGAUGAUGGAGAAGAGAGUGAGCCUAAGAAGGUGUAUUCGUGUUGUGUUAGUGGUUUGAAUGAUGAACUUAUUUGGCAUCGGCAGGCGAUUUUGAGAAUGUCGAAACGAAAUGGGAAUGGGGAGAGGAAUGAGAAGGAGAUGGAAAUGGAUGGUUAUAGGGUUGAGUUUCUGAGAGAAGAAUUUGUUGGGAGUGAAGUUAAGAGAAGGAGUGAUAGUUUUUAUGUAGUGCAGAGUAUGGCUUCUGUUAAUAGUAGAAUUGCUUCUUUUGCGACUACAGCUUCUAAAGAAUAUGAUCUUCAUUUGUUACCAUGGGCUUCUAUUGCUGCUUGCAUUUCGGAGGGUUCGUCUGAUAAUGAUGAUCUGAAGCUCGGUCAGGCAUUUUGUUUUCUUCCAUUGCCUGUAAGAACUGGACUCAGUGUGCAAAUUAAUGGUUACUUUGAGGUUUCUUCAAAUCGCCGUGGCAUUUGGUAUGGAGCAGACAUGGAUAGAAGUGGAAAAAUUCGCUCUGUCUGGAAUAGACUUCUUUUAGAAGAUGUUGUAGCUCCUACGUUUAAGUAUUUGCUGCUUCGUGUGCAAGGUCUGUUAGGAUCAAUAGAUUCAUACUACUCCUUAUGGCCUUCUGGCUCAUUUGAAGAGCCUUGGAACAUUUUAGUUGAGCAUAUAUUCAAGAAAAUUGGCGAUGCUCCUGUACUGCAUUCAGAAUCUGAAGGUGGAAAAUGGGUGGCACCUGUUGAAGCCUUCCUUCAUGAUGAGGAGUUCACUAAAAGCAGGGAACUUGGCGAAGCCCUGCUAAAGUUAGGAAUGCCUAUCAUCCAUUUGCCAGUUCUUUUGUAUGAUAAGCUUUUGAAAUAUGCUACUGGUUUUGAGCAGAAUGUUGUCACUCCCGAUACAGUGCGCCAUUAUCUCAGGGAAUGCACAACACUUUUGACAUUAUCCAAAUCCUACAAGCUUGUAUUGUUGGAAUAUUGUCUCGGGGACUUAAUUGAUGCUGAUGUUGGUUUGCAAGCAUCGAACUUGCCACUUCUUCCUUUAGUGAAUGGUGAUUUUGGAAUGUUCUCUGAAGCUUCCAAAGGCACUUCUUAUUUUAUUUGCAACGAGUUAGAGUACAAUUUACUCGAACAAAUUUCUGAUAAAAUAAUUGAUUAUAGGAUUCCUGUGCACAUACUAAGCAGACUUUCUGCUAUUGCUGAGUCAUCAAAAGCAAAUCUUACAAUUUUCAGUAUUACUUGCUUCCUUAAGUUAUUUCCUAGAUUUGUACCUGCUGAUUGGAGAUGUAAAAGUAAAGUAUUAUGGAAUCCUUCAUCUUGUAGGGACCACCCGUCCUCGUCAUGGUUUCAGCUAUUCUGGCAAUAUCUUCAACAGCACUGCAAAAGGUUGUCCCUGUUUGAUGAUUGGCCCAUCUUGCCAUCAAUAUCUGGCCACUUGUACAGACCUUCAAGACAAUCAAAGCUGAUCAGAGCAGAUAAACUUCCUGUUUUAGUUCAUGAUGCUCUUUUAAAGAUUGGAUGCAAGAUACUUAAUACAGCUUAUGGAGUUGAACAUCCAGAUUUGUCUCUCUAUGUAAGUGAAGCUACUUAUGCUGGUGUGUUAGAGUCGAUCACUGAUAUCGUCUCUGCAAAUGGUGUUAAAACGCAAUCAUUGUUUCAUAUUUUGAGUGCUGAAGAAAGGGAUGAACUGCGAAGGUUUCUUCUUGAUCCAAAAUGGUAUUUGGGAGACUGCGUUGAUGGUUCUAUCAUAAGCAAUUGUAAGAAGCUUCCCAUUUAUAAAGUUUAUAGUGGACAAUCUUAUGAAGAUGCUCUUUUCUCUGAUCUAGAAAACCAUCGAAAAUUCUUACCACCAUUAGAUGUCCCUGACAAUUUUCUGGGUUCUGAAUUUGUGUUGACUUCCUCAAAUGUUGAACAAGAGAUUUUGAUGAGAUAUUAUGGCAUUGAGAGAAUGGGGAAGGCCCGCUUUUAUAGGCAGCAGGUCUUUGAUAAUAUCAAGAAGUUGAAACCUGAAGUUCGUGACAGUAUUAUGCUUUCUGUUUUGCGAAAUCUGCCACAACUGUGUUUAGAGGAUCCGGCUUUCAAGGAUAUUUUGAGAAAUUUGGAAUUUGUUCCAACCUUUAGUGGUGCUAUAAAGUCUCCUGCAGUGCUCUAUGAUCCUCGUAAUGAAGAGUUAUGUGCUUUAUUAGAUGAUUCUGACAGCUUUCCUAGUGGUGCUUUCCAAGAACCUGACUUUCUGGAUAUGCUACACGCUUUGGGCCUCAGAGCAUCUGUUUCUCCUGAGACAGUCGUAGAAAGUGCUCGACAAGUAGAAAAACUGAUGCAUGAGGAUCAACAAAAAGCACAUUCCAGAGGUAAAGUGCUCAUUUCCUAUUUGGAAGUAAAUGCUAUAAAGUGGUUACCUGACCAAGUAAAUGACGAUCAAGGAAUUAACAGAGUUUUUUCACGAGCUGCAACUGCGUUUAGACCACGCAACUUAAAAUCUGACCUUGAAAAUUUCUGGAAUAAUCUGCGGAUGAUUUCUUGGUGUCCUGUAAUGGUUUCUGCUCCAUUUCAGAGUUUGCCAUGGCCUGUUGUGUCAUCUGCAGUUGCUCCUCCUAAGCUUGUCAGAUUACAAACAGAUAUGUGGCUAGUUUCAGCCAGCAUGAGAAUAUUGGAUGGUGAAUGCUCUUCCAGUGCAUUAUCCUAUAAUCUUGGAUGGUUAUGUCCACCUGGAGGAAGUGCACUUGCUGCUCAAUUACUUGAGCUCGGAAAGAACAAUGAGAUUAUAAAAGAUCAGGUUCUUAGGCAGGAAUUAGCUUUGGCAAUGCCAAGGGCUUACUCAAUAAUGAUGAGCUUGAUUGGUUCAGAUGAGAUGGAAAUUAUGAAGGCUGUUCUUGAAGGGGCUCGUUGGGUUUGGGUGGGAGAUGGGUUUGCUACCACAGAUGAGGUUGUUCUUGACGGUCCUCUUCAUUUGGCACCUUAUGUUCGUGUUAUACCUGUUGAUUUAGCUGUUUUCAAAGAUCUAUUUUUGGAGCUUGGCCUUCGAGAGUAUUUUAAGCCCCUAGAUUUUGCUAAUAUUUUAGUAAGAAUGGCUAUGAGGAAAGGAUCUUGUCCUUUAGAUCUACAAGAAGUUAGGGCAGCCAUACUGAUUGUUCAGCAUCUUGCUGAAGUUCAAUUUCAUGAACAAGAAGUUAAAAUUUAUUUACCAGACAUUUCCGGAAGACUUUUUCCUGCCAAUGAUUUAGUUUAUAAUGACGCUCCCUGGUUGCUUGGUUCAGAUGUUGCCAAUAGCUCAAUUGGUGCUUCUUCCGUGGCUGUAAAUACGAAAAGGACAGUUCAUAAAUUUGUCCAUGGAAAUAUCUCUAAUGAAGUUGCAGAGAAGCUUGGUGUAUGCUCACUUCGUAGGAACUUACUUGCUGAGAGUGCUGAUUCAAUGAAUUUUGGUUUAUCUGGUGCAGCUGAAGCCUUUGGGCAGCAUGAAGCAUUGACUACAAGACUUAAACAUAUACUUGAGAUGUAUGCAGAUGGUCCUGGGAUUCUUUUUGAACUGGUACAAAAUGCUGAGGAUGCUGGGGCUUCAGAAGUUAUAUUCUUUUUGGAUAAAACUCAGUAUGGGACUUCUUCUGUUCUCUGCCCUGAAAUGGCAGAUUGGCAAGGCCCUGCUCUAUAUUGUUUCAAUGACUCUGUUUUCAGUCCACAGGAUCUUUAUGCGAUCUCUCGUAUUGGUCAAGAGAGCAAAUUGGAGAAGCCUCUUGCAAUUGGAAGAUUUGGGCUUGGGUUUAAUUGUGUUUAUCAUUUCACAGAUAUACCUACAUUUGUUUCCGGGGAAAACAUUGUUAUGUUUGAUCCUCAUGCUUGCAACUUGCCUGGGAUCUCCCCUUCGCAUCCUGGCUUGAGAAUUAAAUUUGUGGGGAGGAAUAUCUUGGAACAGUUUCCUGAUCAGUUCUCUCCAUUCUUGCAUUUUGGCUGUGAUUUGCAGAAUCCAUUUCCUGGCACCCUCUUUCGUUUUCCUCUUAGAAACUCUGCAGUUGCACUUCGUAGCCAGAUAAAAAAAGAAGGAUAUGCACCUGAAGAUGUCAUGUCUCUCUUUGCGUCCUUUUCUGGGGUUGUUUCUGAUACUUUACCUUUUCUCCGCAAUGUGAAAAGUAUCUCUGUUUUUGUGAAGGAAGGGAAUGCUUAUGAAAUGCAGCUCUUGCAUCGUGUGAGCAGAAAUAGCAUUGUUGAGCAAGAAGAGUCCAGUAAGAUGAAUGAAGUAUUUAGUCUUAUCAGUGGAAGUCAAAGUAAUGGGAUGGAUAAAGAUCAAUUGCUGCUAAAAUUGAGCAAAUCCAUGGAUAAGGAUUUGCCAUACAGAUGUAAGAAGAUUGUCCUGACAGAGGAAAAACCAUCUGGGAUAUUUUCACACUGUUGGAUAACUGGUGAGAGUUUAGGUCGUUGGCAAACAAAGGGAAGCACUGCAAUUGCUAAUGAAAAAUCUCAUAAAUCAAUACCGUGGGCUUGUGUUGCUGCAUAUAUACAGUCUGUCAAGAGGGAUGGGGAAUCAAGUGAUGUCAAUUAUGCAGAGGCUUGUACUUCUAAGAUGUUUCAAGUUUCUGAGGCUUCCGUCCAGCAAAGGAAGAACUUUGAGGGUCGUGCUUUCUGUUUUUUACCUCUGCCUAUCAGCACUGGGCUUCCAGUGCACGUUAAUUCAUAUUUUGAGCUGUCCUCUAACAGGAGAGACAUCUGGUUCGGUAAUGACAUGGCAGGGGGUGGAAAAAAGCGGUCAGACUGGAACAUGCACAUCCUUGAAGCUGUUGCUGCCCCUGCUUAUGGUCAUUUGCUUGAGAAAAUUGCCCUGGAGAUUGGCCCAUGUGACUUGUUCUUUUCAUAUUGGCCAACAGCAACUGCUUUGGAGCCUUGGGCAUCAAUGGUGCGGAUGUUAUACAGCUUUAUUGCUGAAUCUGGUCUUCGUGUAUUUCACACAAAAGUUAGACAAGGACAGUGGAGUGCUGCUAAACAAGUACUUUUUCCUGAUUUUAACUUUUACAAGGUAAAUGAGCUUGUAGAAGCAUUAUCAGAUGCUGGCCUACCUCUUGUGACAGUUUCCAAGCCAAUUGUUGAGAGAUUUAUGGAAGCCUGCCCGUCUUUGCACUUUCUGACACCGCAGUUGUUAAGAACACUGUUGAUUCGGAAGAAACGUGGAUUUAAGGACAGAGAUUCAAUGCUUUUGACUCUUGAAUAUUGUUUACUUGAUAUGAAAGUUCCAAUUCAAACACAUAAUCUGUAUGGUUUAACAUUGUUGCCUCUUGCCAAUGGUUCAUUUACAACCUUUGAAAAAAACGGGUCUGGUGAAAGAAUUUAUAUUGCACGGGGAGAUGAAUAUGGUCUUCUCAAGGAUUCUAUUCCACAUCAACUGGUGGACCAUGAAAUCCCUGAAACUGUUUAUGAAAAGCUAUGCAGCUUAGCAGAGAGCGAGAAAUCAAAUAUUUCUUUUCUGUCGUGCAAUUUACUUGAAAAGCUCUUUGUGAAGCUGCUUCCAGUUGAGUGGCAGCUCUCCAAGAAGGUAACUUGGACUCCUGGUAAUCAGGGUCAACCAAGUUUAGAUUGGAUAAUGUUGCUCUGGAAUUAUCUGAAGUCAUGUUGUGAUGAUCUCUCAAUAUUUUCUAGCUGGCCAAUAUUACCUGUUGGAGAAAAUUACCUUUUGCAGUUAGUUCCAGAUUCUAAUGUGAUUGCAGAUGAUGGGUGGAGUGAAAACAUGUCUACUUUGUUGCUUAAAGUAGGAUGUUUAUUCUUGAGGAGAGACCUAAAAAUUGAACAUCCAGGGCUGGGAAAUUAUGUGCAGUCUCCAACAGCGGUGGGAAUAUUAAAUGCAUUUCUUGCCAUAGCUGGUAGACCAGAGAACAUCAAGGGACUUUUUGCUCUUGCAUCAGAAGCUGAGUUGCACGAACUACGGAGUUUUAUUCUUCAGUCAAAGUGGUUCUUUGAAGAGCAGAUGGAUGACCAAUGUAUUGAUGUCAUCAAACACCUUCCCAUGUUUGAGUCAUACAGAAGCAGAAAACUAGUUAGUCUGACUAAACCUGCCAAAUUGCUUAUGCCAAUGGGUGUACGGGAGGAUCUCUUGGAUGAUGAAUUUGUGCGCUCUGAAUCAGAAAGAGAGAGAGUUAUUCUAACAAGGUACUUAGAGAUAAAAGAGCCAUCGACCGCAGAAUUUUAUAAGGUUUAUGUACUUAACCGCAUGGCAGACUUCCUUUCACAAAGAGAGGUUAUUGCAGCCAUUCUAACUGAUGUGAAGCUUUUGACUGAGGGUGAUAUUACUAUCAAAUCCACACUUAGCACUACACCUUUUGUAUUGGCUGCCAAUGGAACAUGGCAACAGCCAUCUAGGCUCUAUGAUCCCCGUGUCCCUGAGCUCCAAAAGGUUCUGCAUAGUGCCUUUUUUCCAUCCAAGGAAUUCUCGGAUCCAGAAAAUUUGGAGAUUUUAAUUACCUUGGGGCUUAAAAAAACUCUGGGUUUAUCUGGUUUUCUUGAUUGUGCUAGAUCUGUGGCUAUGUUCCAUGAUUAUGGUAGCUCAGAAGCAGUGAGUUAUGGGAGGAGGUUGGUUACCUGUUUAGAUGCUCUUGCAGUUAAACUGUCUUCUCAGGAGAAUGAAGGCAAUUGCAAUCUGUUGCAGGAUAAUUUGGUUUGUCAGAAAAAUGGUGUUGCAAAUGGUGAUGCAGCGUAUCUUGGUUCUCUUGAGAGAGAUAAGAAUUGCUUUGAAGAUGCUCUAGAUGUUGAAUAUCUCUUGACCAACUUGGUUGAUGAUAAGCCAGAAGAAGAUUUUUGGUUUGAAAUGAAGAAUAUUGAUUGGUGUCCUGUUUGUACUGAUCCGCCCCUAGAGGGACUGCCUUGGUUAAUGUCUAAUAAGCAAUUAGCAGCUCCAAACGUUGUGAGACCUAAAUCACAGAUGUGGACUGUGUCAUGUGCUAUGUAUAUACUAGAUGUUGAACGGGUCUCAAAAUACUUACAACAGAAACUGGGUUGGAUGGAUCGUCCAAAGGUAGAUGUCUUAUCACUACAAUUGAGUGAACUAUCCAAGUCCUACAAUAAGCUAAAGUGCAACUCUUCUAUGAGACUCAAUCUUGAUACCACAUUGCAAAAGGGAAUUCCAGCACUUUAUUCUAUGUUGCAAGAAUAUAUUGGUACUGAUGAAUUUAUUGCGUUAAAAUCAGCUUUAGAUGGUGUUUCCUCAGUUUGGAUUGGUGAUGAUUUUGUAUCGCCAAAUUUACUUGCAUUUGAUUCACCUGUGAAAUAUACCCCCUAUUUGUAUGUUGUACCAUCCGAGUUAUCAGAAUUCAGAGAUUUGCUUUUGGAAAUUGGUGUGAGGCUUAGUUUUGAUAAACAGGAUUACUUACAUGUUCUUCAACGCUUACAUAUUGAUGUUAAAGGGGAUCCUCUAUCAUCUGAUCAGUUAGGUUUUGUCAAUCGUGUCCUUGAAGCUAUUGCAGAUUGUUGUUCGGAUAAUACCAUGUCUGAGGCUUCUAACACAUCAUUAUUAAUGCCAGAUUCUUCUGGAGUUUUGAUGGUUUCGAGGGAUCUUGUUUAUAAUGAUGCACCGUGGAUGGAAAACAGUGCUUUAACUGGGAAACAUUUUAUUCAUCCCAGCAUCAGCAAUGAUUUGGCAAAUAGAUUGGGGGUGAAAUCACUCCGCUGUCUCUCUUUGGUAGAUGAAGAUAUGACUAAAGAUUUACCAUGCAUGGAUUUUGCUAAGAUAAAUGAACUUCUAGCGUUGUAUGGGAACAAUGAAUUUUUGUUGUUUGACCUUCUGGAGUUGGCAGAUGGCUGCAAAGCCAAAAAGUUGCACCUAAUAUUUGACAAGAGGGAGCAUCCUCGUCAGUCUUUGCUGCAGCACAAUUUAGGUGAUUUCCAAGGGCCUGCUCUAGUUGCCGUUUUAGAAGGUGUGAAUUUGAAUAGAGAGGAAGUUAGCAGCCUUCAGCUUCUCCCUCCAUGGAGACUUCGGGGAAAUACUAUCAAUUAUGGCUUGGGGCUUCUUAGCUGUUACUUUAUAUGUGAUCUCUUGUCGAUUAUUUCUGGUGGAUGGUUGUAUAUGUUUGAUCCUUCUGGUCUUGCACUGGGUGUACCUUCAAGUCAUACUCCAGCAGCAAAAAUGUUUUCUCUGAUAGGUACAAAUUUAACUGAGCGAUUCUGUGAUCAGUUUAAUCCUAUGCUGAUUGGUGAAAAUACAUCAUGGUCAUCACAAGAUUCUACUAUUAUUCGCAUGCCUUUAUCAUCAGAAUGUCUUAAGAAUGGGCUUGAGUUGGGGUUAAAGAGAGUGAAUCAAAUUUUUGACAGAUUCAUGAAGCAUGCUUCUAGGACAAUUAUUUUCUUGAAGUCAGUUUUGCAGGUGUCACUUUCUACAUGGGAUGAAGGAGGUGAACAGCCAUGCCAAAAUUAUUCAGCCUGUGUUGAUUCAUUAUGUGCAACCAUGAGGAACCCCUUUUCAGAAAAGAAGUGGAGGAAGUUCCAAUUUUCAAGGUUAUUUAGCAGCUCAAAUGCUGCAGUAAAAUUUCAUGUGAUAGAUGUGAUUUUGUAUGAAGGAACCACUACCACUCCAGUUGUUGACAAAUGGCUCGUAGUCCUUAGCCUUGGAUCUGGGCAAACAAGAAAUAUGGCUCUUGAUAGGAGAUACCUUGCUUACAAUUUGACACCUGUUGCUGGAGUUGCAGCGCAUAUAUCAAAAAAUGGUCACCCUGUUGAUGUGCAGCUCAAUAGCUGUGUUAUGUCCCCUCUUCCUUUAUCCGGUAGUAUACCACUGCCUGUUAUUAUCCUUGGUUAUUUUCUUGUUCGUCACAAUGGUGGCCGUACACUCUUUAAGUACCAGGGCAGGGGAUCUUUAUUGGAAGCACAGGCUGAGGCUGGGGAUCAGUUGAUUGAAGCUUGGAACAGAGAACUGAUGUCCUGUGUUUGUGAUUCCUACAUUGAAAUGGUGGUGGAAAUGCAGAAGCUAAGAAGAGAACCUUCAAGCUCAGCUAUUGAAUCAAGUGCCCGUCAUGCCACAGCUCUCUAUUUGAAGGCAUAUGGAGAUCAGAUUUAUUCCUUCUGGCCAAGGUCUAACGGGGACACACUGAUUAUUCAGCCUAAUGAUGACAAUAACUCAGUCCAAAUCGAAAUGCGCAAAACAGAUUGGGAAUGCUUGAUAGAACAAAUAAUAAGGCCAUUCUAUGCUCGUGUAGCUGAUCUUCCUUUAUGGCAGCUAUAUUCAGGAAGUUUCGUGAAGUCUGAAGAGGGGAUGUUUCUUUCACAACCUGGAAAUGGGGUAACUAGUAAUUUGCUUCCAGCAACUGUUUGUGGCUUUGUUAAGGAACAUUAUCCUGUGUUUUCUGUACCUUGGGAACUGGUGAGUGAAAUCCAAGCUGUGGGUGUUACAGUUCGAGAAAUUAAACCCAAAAUGGUCCGGAAUCAUCUACGGAUGUCGUCAACAUCUAUUUCUCUUCGAUCGGUUGAUACUUAUGUCGAUGUUUUGGAGUAUUGCUUGUCUGAUAUUGAGUUUCCAGGCUUAUUUAAUCUUUCUGGUGAAAAUACGUCAGCUAACCUUGAUAACUCCAAUAUUGUGCGUGGAGCAGCUAAUGAAAGGUCUGGCAACUCCGCUUCAGGAUCAACAACUAAUCUCCAGAGUUUUCAUGGGUUUCGAGGCCAGAGCUCAGCCAGUUCAGGAGAUGCGCUUGAACUUAUGACAAGUUUAGGGAAGGCUUUGUUUGAUUUUGGCCGGGGAGUUGUUGAUGACAUUGGUAUGGCUGGAGGGCCUAUAAGGAAUGGCAUUUCAGAUGGCGGCUAUGGAAAUGUAAAUCCUAUGAUUUUACAGGUUGUGAGUGAGCUCAAAGGCUUACCUUGUCCAACUGCUACUAAUGAUCUCGCUCGGUUGGGAAUUACUGAACUUUGGCUUGGUGAUGAGGAUCAAUUGGCCCUCAUGAUGCCUUUGGCUGCAAAAUUUAUUCAUCCGAAAGUUUUAUGUAGGUCUAUCCUAUCUGAUAUUCUAAAAAAAUGUGCUGAACAAUCAUUAGUAAGACUAAAGAGUUUCUCUCUUCACUUACUGGCUAGUCAAAUGAGAUCGCUUUUUCAUGAGAACUGGGUGAAUCAUGUUAUGGGUUCCAAUAUGGCCCCGUGGUUCUCAUGGAAAAAUAGAUCAAUUUCCAAUGACGAAGGUGGUCCUUCCCAUGAAUGGAUAAGAUUGUUUUGGAAAUGUUUCACUGGUUCAGCAGACGAACUCUUAUUAUUUUCUGAUUGGCCUCUAGUUCCUGCCUUUCUUGGCAGGCCCAUCUUAUGCCGUGUAAAGGCUCGUCAUUUGAUCUUCAUUCCUCCCCUUGCUGAUUUAGGCUCUGAAAAUGGCAUCUCAGAUGCUGGUGGCUUGGGUAGUGAUAUGAUUGGGUUGUCCGUGAAUCAUUAUUCUGAAUCUGUAUUGCAGCUGUACAUUUCAGCUUUUGAACUAGCCAAAAUUCGGUAUCCUUGGUUGUUUUCUCUUCUGAAUCAGUGCAACAUACCUAUUUUUGAUGCUGAUUUCAUGGCUUGUGCAGCCUCAUGUAAUUGUGUUCCUUCACUCAAUCAGUCACUAGGGCAAGUUAUUGCUUCCAAGCUUGUUGCAGCUAAACAAGCUGGCUAUUUUGCAGAACUUGCAUCUUUUUCAGAUUCAGAUCGAGAUGAACUUUUCAGUCUUUUUGCUCAGGAUUUCUUUUCUAAUGGCUCCAAAUAUGGAUCUGAAGAGCUUGAUGUAUUGCGUUGUUUGCCUAUAUACAAAACAGUUGUGGGAUCCUACAGCAGCUUGCAUGGACAACAUCAUUGUAUGAUCUCUUCAAAUUCAUUCCUAAAGCCAUCUGAUGAGCAUUGUCUUUCUUAUUCAACAGAUUCAAUUGAAGGUUCACUAUUACAAGCACUUGGGGUCCCAGAGUUAAAUGAUCCACAGAUUUUGAAAAGGUUUGGUUUACCUAAAUUUGAAGGCAAACGUCAACCUGAGCAGGAGGAUAUUUUAAUCUAUCUUUACACUAAUUGGCAAGAUCUCCAGAAUGAUUCUUCUUUACUUGAAGUUUUGCAAGAGACUAAAUUUGUGAGGAAUGCAGAUGAAUUUUCCAUGGAUCUCUCAAGGCCCAAGGAUCUAUUUGAUCCUUCUGAUGCUUUAUUAACAACCGUAUUCUCUGGUGAGAUUAAGAAAUUUCCUGGAGAAAGGUUUACCACAGAUGGGUGGCUUCGUAUUCUAAGGAAAAUGGGCCUUCGAACUGCUGCUGAAGCAGAUGUGAUUCUUGAGUGUGCCAAAAAAGUAGAGUCUCUUGGCAGUCAGAGUUUGAAACCAAACAGGGAUUUCGAUGAAUUUGAAAGAGAUUCUAAUGAUGAAGUUUCUUUGGAAAUAUGGACAUUAGCUGGAUCCGUUGUUGAAGCUGUGAUCUCAAAUUUUGCUGUCCUUUAUGGAAAUAAUUUCUGUAAUGCCAUUGGUAAGAUUGCAUUUGUACCUGCUGAACUGGGAUUUCCCAACGUUGGUGGCAAGAGAGUUCUUACCUCAUACAGUAAAGGUAUUCUGUUGAAGGAUUGGCCUUUGGCUUGGAGUUGCUCUCCUAUUCUUACUAGACAAAAUGUUGUUCCACCCGAAUUCUCAUGGGGAGCACUCCACCUUAGGAGUCCUCCAGCUUUUUCUACAGUCCUAAAACAUCUGCAGGUGAUUGGACAAAAUUGUGGUGAAGACACGCUUGCUCACUGGCCCACUGCCUCAGGAGUUAUGACAGUUGAUGAAGCAUUCUGUACAGUACUAAAAUACCUGGAAAGAGUUUGGGGUUCCCUUUCUUCUUCAGAUUUAGAAGAACUGCAGAGAGUGGCGUUUCUACCGGCUGCAAACGGGACACGCUUGGUGACAGCAAACUCUCUUUUUGUUCGCUUGACAGUUAAUUUGUCGCCAUUUGCUUUUGAACUCCCCACUGCAUAUCUCCAUUUCUUGAAAAUUCUUAAAGAGUUAGGACUACAGGAAGUGUUAUCUAUUGAUGCAGCCAAGGAUCUCCUAUUAAAUCUCCAAAAAGCUUGUGGAUAUCAACGUUUAAACCCAAAUGAACUCCGUGCUGUGAUGGAAAUUUUGUAUUUUCUUUGUGAUGUGACAGUUGAGGCAUAUACAUCUGAUAGUUUGAACUGGAAAUCUAAUGCAAUAGUCCCAGACGAUGGUUGCAGACUUGUUCAUGCAAAAUCAUGCUUGUAUAUUGAUUCUAAUGGCUCUCGCUAUAUUAAACAUAUUGAUACAUCAAGGUUAAGGUUUGUUCACCCAGAUGUUCCAGAGAGAAUUUCUAUAGCUUUGGGCAUCAAGAAAGUAUCCGAUGUUGUCUUAGAGGAACUUGAUAAGGAAGAAGAUUUACAGACAUUGGAAUCUAUUGGGUCUGUCCCACUUGCACUAAUCAAAGCAAAGCUGUCAAGCACGUCAUUUCAGAGUGCUGUAUGGAGUCUUGUAAAUAGCAUUUAUGUUCUUCCAGCUGAUAAUUUACCUUUUGAAACCAUACAGAAGUUACUAAGACUUGUUACGGAAAAGUUGCAGUUUGUUAAAUUUAUCCAUACCCGUUUCAUGCUUCUACCAAAGUCUCUAGAUAUUACCCUCCAUAAAAACUCUACUGUUCCAGAAUGGGAGGGUGGAUCUAAACAUAGGAGCCUAUACUUUGUAGACAGGAUAAAAACUUCUAUUUUGGUUGCCGAACCUCCUGCUUGUAUUUCAGUUGUUGAUGUAGUAGCAAUAGUUACAAGCCAGGUUUUGGGCCUCUCAGCACCACUACCUAUAGGAUCCCUAUUUUUAUGUCCUGAAGGCUCUGAAUUGGCAAUUCUAAAUGUACUGAAACUUUGUUCUGCCAAGAGAGAAUCUGAAUCUACAGGUGAUAAGUUAGUAGGUAAAGAAAUAUUGCCUGCAGAUGCUCUUCAUGUGCAACUUCAUCCUUUGAGGCCCUUCUACAAGGGGGAAAUAGUGGCAUGGCGGCUUCAAAAUCGGGAAAAGUUGAAAUAUGGUAAAGUUCCAGAGGAUGUUAGACCAUCAUCUGGCCAAUCUCUUUACAGACUAAAGGUAGAAACGACACCAGGAGUGGUUGAGCCAAUUCUUUCUUCGCACGUCUUCUCGUUUAAAACCAUAUCAGCUGGAAACGAGUCUCCUCUUGCUAUUCAGCCAGAUAUAAGUCAAGCUGUAGAUGAUACGAGGACUGUCGUUGAGGUGCCAGAGAGUUCUCGAAGGACCAACACUAAUGCUUAUCAGGGUAGUAAAGAGCUCCAGUAUGGGCGAGUAUCAGCUGGAGAACUUGUCCAAGCCGUUCAUGAGAUGCUUUCUGCAGCAGGCAUCAACAUUGAUGAGGAGAAGCAGUCUCUUCUGCGAAGAACACUAACUCUGCAGGAACAACUGAAAGAGUCUCAGGCUGCCCUUCUGCUUGAACAGGAAAAGUCUGAUGUGGCAGCAAAAGAAGCAGAUACAGCAAAAACAGCAUGGGUUUGUCGAGUCUGCUUAAGCAAUGAAGUUGACAUGACCAUUGUUCCAUGUGGUCAUGUGCUUUGCCGGAGAUGCGCCUCUUCUGUUUCGAGAUGUCCAUUUUGUCGGCUUCAGGUCUCUAAGACUAUUAGAGUUUUCCGGCCAUGAUUUACUACUCAAAUAGCGAGCAGUCUCGCAUAAGAGGCAAGUAUUGCAUCCUGGCUGUUUUCAGCAAUAGGUGCACUGCGUUCGUUGGCACUUUUAUGAUAUCCAUACGAUAUCAAUCAUAAUGGGUCAACCAACAGAGGUAGAUUGAUAUCUCGAUCUAAAGAAGAAGGAAUCUUUGUAAUCAAGACAUGUUUCCCUCGACAUUCUUUUCAGACGAGGGGCUGCAGAUGGAAACAUCAUCGGAAGUGGGACUUACGCCUUUCUGAACUGGAAUAGCGUGUUUUAAGGAAAGAUGGGAAACUGCAGGAAGAGAUAUCCCCUUAAUACCCGAUUAAUAAAGAGUCAGAAAACAUAUAUUAUCCAUGUUAAAAAGAUUGUAGAUAUGUAAAAUAUGUCAUGUAUAUAUAUACAACAGGUUGAUCAAAUAUAGUGUACAGCUGCUUCUCA